GCCCGGCCGCGCGGCGUGACAGUUCCGAACGGACAGUGUCAGCGCUCUGGGCGCGAGCCCCGCCCGCGAGGACACCCCCCUCCCUCGCUCACCAGCUCGCAGCAGCAGCGGCUCCCCCAUGGCAGCGGCGCGAGCAGGGAAUCCCCGGGAACCGUCUCGCGCCGCCCCCUCCUGCUGCCUCGCUGCUGCUGCUGCUGCUGCGCCGCGGCGGGACCGCUGCUAGCCCCGAGCCGCCGCCUGCUCCGGAGCGGGCCCGUCUGAGCUGUAAUUAAAGGAUAUUUGUCUUGCAAUUUUUUCAUAUUUUUGGUGGAACGUUUUUACCCCCCCCCCCCUUUGAGCCUCUCCCCAAGCUGGACUCUCCGCCGGGCUCCCAGACCGAGCAGCCCCUGGCACGUGAAUGAGGCAGCCACCCGGCGAAUUUGACAUGGCUCUCAGCGGCACGCUGCUCCCCUCCAUCGCGACCUUCGCGGCGGGCACGGCGGGCAGGGAGAAAGCCCUGAGGCAGGCAGGUGCCAGCAAUCGCUGGAGGGAGGAGCUGUCCCAUCUCAAGCGGCUCCCGCCCGGGCUGACGGGGCGGCCCUACGAGCUGCCGGCCGAGCUGGAGACCCAGGCGAGCAGCGGCAGCCGCGGGGCCAGCCCGGCGCUCAUGGCCCGGAGGGAGGCGGAGGAGCUCAACGAGCUGCUGGACUUCGACUUCAUCCUCUCCAACUCGCUCAUCCACCAGGAGCCGGCGGCCGCCGCGGCCGUGGUGGUGUCCGCCGCCUCGCCCCCGGCCAGCGCCUGCCCCUCGGCGCCCGCCGCCAGCGCCUGCCACUUCACCUACCCGCUGCAGAGGGGGGAGCCCGGCCUCCUGUACGGCGCCGCCCGGGAGCCCGCCCCCGCCGCCCCCUUCAACCUGGCCGACAUCAACGACGUGUCCCCGUCCGGUGGAUUUGUAGCCGAGCUGAUGAGGCCGGAUUUGGACCCGGUUUACAUGCAGCAGCAGCAGCAGUCGCCUCUGGGCAGCCUGCAUGGGAAAUUUGUUGUGAAAGCCACGGUGAACAUGGGGGAAUAUAACCACAUCAGUGUUAGCUGCAAGAGCAACCCGGCUGCUGGCUGCACGGACAGCCCCGGGGCCCCUUACGGCUCCCUCCCCAGGAUGUGCCAAAAAAUCAAGCAGGAGGCAGCCCCUUCUUGCACCAUUGCCCAGCCUCCUCCUGGCGCUAGCCAGCGAGCCCAGCAGCACGAGUUCCCCCUGGGGAGGCCGCUGCCCAGCAGGACUAACCCCUCCUUGGCUCCAGAGGAGAUGAUGAACAGCAGAGACUGCCAUCCUUCCUCCCAGGGCCUAAGUCACCUCUCACUGCCCCCAGGCUACCACCCUGCCCCAGGCUACCCUCCUUUCCUGCCAGAGCAGCUCCCGCCAAGUGCACUACAGUAUCAAGGUCAGUCUAAGUGUCUAACUAGUUCAGGAGAGCCUUUAAAUGUGCCUCGCUUGGUACAAGGGGUGAUGAUGCUGACUGCGCCCUCUUCACCUUUAGAGCUGAUGCCACCUGGGAGCUGUCUGCCAGAAGAAACCAAGCCAAAGAGGGGACGUAGGUCGUGGCCCAGGAAAAGGACCGCCACGCAUACCUGCGACUACGCGGGUUGCGGCAAAACCUACACCAAGAGCUCUCAUCUCAAGGCACAUCUUAGGACCCACACAGGCGAAAAACCAUACCACUGUGACUGGGAGGGCUGUGGAUGGAAAUUUGCCCGCUCCGAUGAACUUACCCGUCACUACAGGAAACACACCGGCCACCGCCCUUUUCAGUGUCAGAGAUGUGACAGAGCAUUUUCCAGGUCAGAUCACCUAGCCUUACAUAUGAAGAGGCACUUUUAAUCAAAAGCAGUGGAUCUUUCCCAUACUGCCGUAAGAGAUUCAGUAUUUACAGCACAGACUGUCUUCCACAAGAGGCUGGAGCCCAGCUAAAGCACUACAAGGAAUCAUGGUGAAGUCUUCCAAAGACAGGAAAUAAAUAGAUAAUCAAAUGCAAAUGUUGGAACUCUUCUUUUUUUAAUUAUAAAUUAAAGAAAAACAUUGGGGUCAAUGACUGGAUCUUCUAUCAUUCCAUUUCUAAAUCCAACUUGAAUAUUUCUGGACUACAAAAUGCCAAGGAGUGACUGGAAGUCAAGGAUAUCAGGGUUAAAUAGACUGCUUGUUGGGUGGGAGGGGAGAUUACACAGGGAGAUUACAUUCCCUUAAAUCUUGUUUCAAUGCAAUAUGAGAUGUAAAUGUCAUCUUGUCUUUUUUUUCCUUCUAAAAGCCAUUACUAUGUUAAAAGAGGAGGAAGAAAUUCAGGUACAGAAUUGUUUAAAAGCCUAUUUCAUGGUGCUUAGUGACUGUUGGUUCUAAAGGUACCAAAAACAGGAAGCCAAAGUUCUCAAACUGCUGCAUAUCUGACAAGGAAAUAUUUUUGUCUUCCGAUCUACAAUUGACCUAAGUCAGGUAAAUAAACCUGAUUUAUUUUUUUUAUUUUUUCUUAAGAAAAAAACUUUAUGCAGACAGUCUGUAAUGCACUGUGGUUUCAAUGUGCAAUAAUUUGUACAAUGGUUUAUUUCCAAAAAUGCCUUAAGCAGAACAAAUGUUUUCUAUAUAGUUCUUUACAUAAUAAAUAUGUAAUAUAAAUUUAAACAAACGUCUAUUUUGUAUAUUUGUAAACUACAAAGUAAAAAUGAACAUUUUGUUGGAGUUCGUAUUUUGCAUAUUCAAGUUGAAAAUAAGUU